UUUUUACUUUCACUCUUUCAAUUUCUUGUGUUUGGUUAGAAUCUAUCGGGUUUAUUGCUACUGAUUUUAUUUAUUCCUCUGUGGAAUAAGAAUGCUAUGUAUCCUAUAUAAGAUUGAUUAGGAAUUUGUUGCUAAUUAGGAUUAGGAUAUUGCCCUCGAUGUCUCUCGCACCGAUCUAAUGCCAUUUAUGAUUAGGAGUUCAGAUUUAAUUUAUAUCUCACUAGAGGUUGACACGGUGCUUGAGACAUGAACAAUAUGGCUCAAGUGAAUGCUCCAACGCUACAGUUUAAGAAUUCUGCUCUCUUUGGAAUUCGUCCAAAAUCGUGUGUUUGUUUUGAGACACAAAGUAGAAGUAUAACUAAGAAACCUUUAGUGGUUGAAGCCAGAGCAAAUACUAGAACAGAAAGUGCAAAAAUUCGGAACAGAAGGAUGCAGAAAAAGUAUGAUGGAACAGCUACACAUCCAAGACUUUCGGUAUUUUGCUCAGAUAAGCAAUUAUAUGCAAUGCUAGUAGAUGACAAAAAUAAAAAGUGUUUGUUCUACGGAAGCACACUGCAUAAAUUGUUCCGACUAGAUCCUCCUUGUAGCACUCUUGAAGCUGCUCAACGUGUUGGGGAGGCACUUGUUAAAGCUUGUGUUGAUCUCAAGAUAAAUGAAAUAUCAUCCUAUGAUCGCAAUGGCCUUCGUCGUGGAGAAAGGCUACAAGCCUUUGAGAUUGCCAUUUCAAGUUAUGGAUUCUUGCCAAGAUAGUUCUGUAGCUGAUAUUGCUGCUCUUUUUGUGAAACACAUAUGAAGAACUCCUAUAUUGAAGUUGAUCUUAUUAGGGGUAGGAUAUGAUCACUUUUCUAGAAAAUUGGGUUGCAAUCUCGUGCGAUUGACCAUUACUGUAAGAUAAACUUUGAAACAUCUUAACAUUCUUUAUUGCAAACUAAAAUAUAUUGAUUUGAAUCCUAAUGUUCUA